CCGAUCUAUCUAUGAUUUGUGGAGAUAGCACUGAGUAGCAGACGGACCGUCCUGAAUACGGUGAACCUAAUGCGUGCUGCGUCCACCUACUCUCCUGUGUGGGAGCAACUGGGGACAAUCUUUUGAAUACUUUUUCCACAGAACAUCCUGGAAGGUGUAUCCUAGACGGGAUUAACCGUAUUUCAGGGCCACCACAGUAAGAUACUGACCAUGGGAGAUUGCAUCUCAGUCCGUGCUCUGCUAAUGCUUCUGGCCCUAGUCAGCUAUCUAAUUGCACUGACAUUCAACAUAUUGGCUCUAUUUGGGCCCUGGACAGGUGCUUUCAUGCAAACCACACAGUAUGUACUGAGCAAGUCCACAACGCACCUAACCCCAGAUAGAUGGGUACUCUUUCUAUGGGAUGUCCUUAACAUCUGGUUGAUUGGCAUGUUCAUCUAUCUGAUACACAAUCUCCGUAGAAGGGAAGCUUAUACAUGGAUGUACACCACUCCUGCUGUCCUGCCCUAUGGAUUCUACUUGUCCUGGAUCGUAAAUAGCAUGUUGAAUAUGGCAUGGUUAUUUCUGUACGACAAAGACUUCUGUGUGUGUCAUAGAAAGAUGGUGCCAACGCUCCUGAUCACAGCAUUACAGGCCAUCUCAAAUUGCGUGAUUAUCAUGUUCUCCUGCUGCGGACUGGUCGUCUAUGGAGCGUGGCUCCACAAAUAUCACAACAAUGAUCUCUGGCUCAUUCGAAUAUUGGUGCAAAACGGAGUGGCUUUGUAUGCAACAUGGUGGGCUGUGGCUACCUUUUUACACUUGACCGUUGUUUUAGACCAUCAAACCCCAAUACCCAAGACAGACGCUGCCAUAAUGGUACUAGUGCUGCUCCAAUUGGGACUCAUAGGAUGGUUUGUCAUAGAGAACUGGUACCUGGAUAAGCACGUGCGCUACAUCCUCACAGUGUACCCUGUGGUGAUCCUGGUGUUGGCAGCGAGUGUGGCCAAUCCAGCCACGCCCGGUACCCACAUAGACAUCAUGUCUGCCGUCAUCUUGGCCAUAACCAGUGUCAUAUUUAUUGUACGCAUCAUCAUGGUGUUAUGGAAGCACAAGCAUCAACCACUUUACGGAGAAGAGGAGCUCAGGUCACCGGUGGACAUUGCCAGGACACAGAAGCUCAUCUUCAUGUGAGGGGAGACAGCUGCUGUGGAUAUAUGUAGGCCCCUGUUGUUUUCCUUAACAUUUAAUGGCUGAGACCGAUGUGACCAAAUCCUCCCUAUGUCCACAGCACAUGUCGAUGGAGAUUUGGUACUUCGCUACAGGCUUUCCACGUGAUGGGUGGGGCCUCUGCACUAGCCAAUCCAAUGCUAAUGUCUUUCUAAGCUAAUUAAACCAUAUCAAUUACUGUGUGUCAAAACAAUGAACCGAAAUGCUCUCAUGCUGUCAACACUAAAGCGAUAUUAAUAUGAUCAUGUUUUUAUUGUUUUGUCCAUCUUUUAGUACCACCACGUUGUUUUUGUACCCUAUUCUUGUCUACCUUUGUGUUUCUACCUUCUCUUUGAACUUCUUUGGUCCUAGGGAUUCCCACAGUGAAAAAGCUGAAAUUCACUACAUUCCUUCAACAGAAAUGGUUUGCUCAGUGGGAAAUGAAUAUCCAACUAGUCAGUGACAACUGUGUGGAGUUUGGAAUAACUAUGUGAGCGUAUUGCAGUAUCGCAGGCACUGUGUCCUGGGAUUUCCUAUGAUCUUCUAUGUAGAAUAAUCCCUUAACAUUCUAACGACUCUUGUGUAGCUUGUGAGUGGCAUAGAGCAAAAUGCAUAUGCGCGUUCGCGAGCGUCAUAGUGGGGUCUUAAUAGUUUGCAGCUCAUUCGGACUUUGCAGACAUUUUUGUGAGAAGGGUCGUUUUCCUGGAUCCGCCCUUGUCUCACAAACACUGCUCUAGUUCAACCCCGUCAAUCAGGCUAAUGUUUGUUGUCACCGAUGCAGAAGAAAUAGACAAAUCCAAUGCAAAACUCCAGAAGUCUGUAGCUCAAACACACACAAUAUUUAAGAGGGGUUGGAAGCACUAAAUCACGCCGGGGUGACCAUUGGAAUCAAAGUUGUGCUAUAUUGUAAAGCACUUUGGACUGCGCUUGUGCAUGGGCAUAAACAAAUAAAGGUUUUUAUUAUACUUAUUAUUAAUGAA